AUGAAAAAAUUGCAACCUAUCAAUAAAGCAAAAGUAGACCUUAUUUCUGCUUUAUCUUAUCACGUAAGUGUACGGGAAGUCCGUUCCUUUUUGGGUUAUAUAGGAUUCUAUAGGAGAUUCAUCAAGGAUUUUUCAAAGAUUGGAGCGCCCUUGUUCAAACUGUUGCAAAAAGACGUAGCAUUUGACUUCACUAAUGAAUACAAGGUGGCAUUUGAUAAACUGAAGGAGUCGUUGACGUCACCACUCGUCAUUCAACCCCUAUACUGGAGCCUCCCAUUUGAAAUAAUAUGCGACGCGAGUGAUUACCCAGUGGGAGCAGUGUUGGGACAAAGGGUUGGCAGGGCAGCGCAUGCAAUUUACUAUCCAUCGAAAGCAUUGAAUGGAGCUCAACUUAACUAUUCUACGACGGAGAAAGAAUUAUUAGCUGUUAUUUUUGCACUAGAGAAAUUUAGGUUUUAUUUAUUGGGUGCAAAAGUAAUAGUUUUCUCUGAUCAUAUAGUCUUAAGGUACUUGUUGACGAAGAAAUAUGCAAAACCAAGGCUCAUAAGAUGGAUUCUGCUCCUGCAAGAGUUCAACUUGGAGAUUAAAGAUAAAAGUGGGGCAGAGAACCUGGUCACUGAUCACUUGAGCCGCUUGCUUACAUAUAAGGAGGAUCAGCCACUGAGAGAAGCAUUUCCAGAGGAACAAUUACUUACCAUUGAUUCGUCUGCACCUUGGUAUGCUGAUAUUGUGAAUUUUUUAGUAGCUAAUCAAUUACCUGCAGACUGGCCAAAGGCUAAGAGAGACAAAUUGAAAAGUGAUGCCAAAUACUACAUUUGGGACGACCCUUACCUUUGGAGGCAAUGUUCGGAUCAAGUGCUAAGAAGGUGUGUAAGUGCAGAUUUCAUGGGUCUUUUUCUCUUGUCUUCUGAUUUCUUAUACAUCUUACUUGCUGUUGAUUAUGUUUCCAAGUGGGUGGAAACGAAAGUCACUCGGACUAACGAUUCUAGAGUGGUUGCAGAAUUUUUAAAGUCUAACAUCUUUGUCCGCUUUGGGAUACCGAGAGCUGUAGUGAGUGACAGGGGAUCACAUUUUUGUAAUAAAACUAUUGCUGCUCUGUUCCAUAAAUAUGGCGUACUCCACAAAGUAUCCGCGCCAUAUCAUCCACAGACCAAUGGUCAAGCCGAAGUGUCAAACAGGGAGAUCAAGUCAAUUUUGGAGAAGAUGGUGCGUCCGGAUAGAAAGAAUUGGAGCUUGAAAUUGGAAGAUGCACUAUGGGCUUACCGCACCGCGUAUAAGAAGCCGAUUGGGACGUCCCCGUAUAGACUAGACUUCGUGGAGAUCCAAAGUUUGAAAACGGAGAAGAAGUUCAUGGUGAAUGGCCAUUGUCUCAAACCUUACUAUGAAGGAUUCUCCGUUGAAGAAGUCGAGUUCAUACAACUCGAGAAUCCAAUUUAUCCUGCUUGA